GGUCUGCAUUUGCCCUUCAUAAAGCCUGAUUCUGUAUCUGCUAUAGAAAUGGAUCACGGCAGCUGAGUUACUCACAUUAAAGCACUUAUUACCAUUAAUAAUACAUGCUGCACCCAUACAACGUACAGUACAAAAACGAUUGCAUAUUCCACAUUGCCGCGAAAGCAUAAUCAUACUGCGGAUACAUCAAAUGAGCAUGAAUGAUGCUUUUUUUAACGAGACAGGAAUUAGUUUGCUAACUUUGUAAAGAGAGAGAGAGAGAGAGAGAGAGAGAGAGAGAGGCGCUUUUAUUUCAUGUAAUAUAAAUAGGUCUUUGUGCAGUAAAGCGAUGCAGCACGGAGACGAGUAAAGACUAGCAGAGUAGCGCUUUGGUGUUGGUAUCCCAUGCUUCAUAAAAGCAUAGAGUACAAUCCCAGACAGAGGAGGGCUCCGAGUGUAAUACAAUAUCCAAUUUCAAGGGUAAAUCGUUGACAAUUACGUUUGCUCUGCGCUGUAUGAGAAAAAGAAAGAAAGAAAGAAAGAAAGUACGCAGUAACCAUUUGACUCCCGUCUGUGCAGGAGCGAUGCAGGCAGGGGCACUGUGACCAUCGGCUGUGCGCAGCGUGCGAUGUUUCUGCAGCUGGGUGACACUGCAAAACCCUGGGAAGAAGUUGGUGCAUUCAAAAGUAUGAAGAUUUGUAACUUGGACACACUCGGAUCCAGCCUGAGGGGACUUGCAUUGGAUUGUUGCAUUGCAGCAGAAAACAGUGUGGACUGAGCACACAGACUGGGCACAGGCCCCUGUGCUCGCUUUCCAGCGCUGUGAGAGCUCUGAGGGGACAGACCUGUGUCUACACCACGCUGCAGUGCUAAAGGCGGGUGUCAGCAGGGAAAUGAUGUGCAGUCCGUUGAGUCCCAAGGAGCCCCGGGGCCCCAGCCUCUCCGACAUGCACCAGUACAGCCAGUGGCUGGCCAGCCGGCACGAGGCCAGUCUGCUACCCAUGAAGGAGGACCUGGCGCUGUGGCUCUCGAACCUGCUGGGCAAGGAGAUAACAGCGGAGAGCUUUAUGGAAAAGCUGGAUAAUGGAGCUCUGCUGUGUCAGCUGGCAGAGACCCUGCAGGAGAAAUUCAAAGAGCUGCCGAACUCUGCCAAGAACCUGCCCUUCCGGAGGAUCCCCUGCAAAGCCAGCGCCCCCUCCGGGUCAUUCUUCGCCCGCGACAACACUGCCAACUUCUUGAGCUGGUGCCGGGAAGUGGGGGUGGGAGACACCUGCCUGUUUGAGUCUGAAGGGCUGGUUCUUCAUAAACAACCCAGAGAAGUGUGUCUGUGCUUACUGGAGCUGGGAAGAAUAGCAUCCAGGUACGGAGUGGAGCCCCCCGGACUGAUCAAACUGGAGAAGGAGAUCGAGCAGGAGGAGAAGAUUCCCAUCCCGUCCCCCUGCCCCGCCUCCCCCCUCUCCCCCGUCUCCCCCUCACCCACCAAGUCACCUGGCAGGAAAAGCACAGGGAAGCUUCUGGACGAUGCUGUAAAACACAUCUCCGAGGAUCCUCCUUGUAAGUGCCCUAACAGGUUUUGUGUGGAGAUGCAAUCCCAAGGAAGAUACCGGGUGGGAGAGAAGAUUCUCUUCAUCAGGAUGCUGAAUAACAAGCAUGUGAUGGUGCGCGUGGGGGGAGGCUGGGAGACCUUUGAGAGCUACCUCCUGAAGCAUGACCCCUGCCGCAUGCUGCAGAUCUCCAGGGUGGAGGGCAAGAUGUCCCCUGUCCCGAACAAGUCGCCCAGCCUCAAGGAUCUCAGUCCCGACAGCUACCUGGUGGUGGCCGCUAACUACAGGAGCAAGAAGUAGCCGCGCUGUCCCACACCUUGACCGCUGACCAUGAGGCGGAAGUCCUUACAUUAUUUGACUGGUGCCUAGCUUUCAGUGUCGUGCAGAGGGGACAAGCUCAGCAGAUAGAGUGGACAGGGUCUUCAGACGUUCUGCAAACUAUGGAGCUUUAUGAUAAUCGAAGAUGUUGCAUUUUAACAGUAAGGCAGAUAGAUGACAAAUUGACACUAGUGGAAGCCCCUCGUCCCAAUGUAUUUCUGCUGUGAUAAUUGGGGUAAAGGGGGCUCUUUGCAAGGCUCUGGAUUGCUCUUUCAAUGGAGUACUGUCCCAUGUAGAAUCAGUAGAAUUUAUUCAUGAUGACCCACCCAUCUUGACCCCAUUCCGCCUUGUGACAUUGAAUAGCCAAUCAACCACCACCUCAUUCACCCCAAAAUGACCAGCCUCAUACAAUGUUUAGUCCCCCUUUAGAGUAAACCCAAACACCCUUGCAAUUUAUUAUUAUUAUUAUUAUGAUUUGAUUUUUUUUGCAGUUGGACAGCUUGACUUAAAACAGUAAACUAACAUUCUGAUAUGGUGUUUAAUUAAUGUUUAGUUGUUAGUUCACAAUGCAGUAAUUGCACAUCAAUUCAUCGCUCUUGAAGGCUUCCCCUCCCUCUCACACAGCCCCUGAUCAGGCUAUCGGCACACCUCUAUGUCAGACUCACUUCUUUUCAAGAGGCAAUUAACUCGUUUUUCAGCAGAGCCAAUGUUUAGGAGAACAGGUCCUGCUUCACAAAGCAAGGUGGGUUCAAGAUGGGAUCAUGUGGAUCUUGAAAAUAUAGAUUACUUAUUUUAAUCAUUUCCUUAAAUCAGAUUUCAGACUGAUGGAUUGAAUUGACUGAUUAUUAGCUUAAGUUGCUUAUGUUCACUUUUUGAACACUUGGUGGCACUGUGUACUAUGCAAAAAUCCCAGUCGAAGUAACAGCAGUUACAACAUUUGGCCACCGGUGUCACUAUACUUUAUGCAAAAAAAGAAGAAAGAAAUGUCAAAGGGUAAUAGAUUUUAUGCUGAGCUACCCCUUGCAGGCCUUAGAUGUUAAGAUAUAGGAAUAGUUAACUGGUUUAAAGGAGUUGCCUUAAAAAUUAUGCUUUUUUAAAAAAAAAAUUAAAAUCAAUAUCUGAAUUCAGUGUCCGGAUUUUGUAGCUAGAGAUUGUUGAUCAAUUCUGGUUUCCUUAGCAGUGUUUAUUGAUCCACUGGCCUGAGCUUUUGCAGGUCUUUGGCAAUUAAUUUUAGAUUAAUUCAGUAGUUUACAAUGAAUGGUAUAUAUUUGAUUAUAAUGGAGUAUGGUGCAAGAUUAAACAUUUGACCUCUAACCCGUUUGGCCGAGACGAUAGACCCUCUGUGGUUGAUCACAGGUUAAUUGGGGUUGGUGGAAGGAUGUGGAUCGAAUGAAUGGAAAGUGACAGGUCAAUGUAUAAUGUUUAGGAUUGGCUGAAAGAUGAUGUAAUGUGUGUGCUUCCUCCCGAAGUUCACAACGUUAAGAAGCACGGCUACGUUACUGUAAAUUGUGGAGUGUGGGAUUAUUUCAUUGCGAUGCGUCUCCUUGCACAUACAGCAUUUCAGUUCAGUUUCGAUCCCAGUCACUACAGAAAGGCUGACUGGGAUUUUUUUCUUUAGCUUACGUCCUUUAAAAAAAAAACACGUUUUAGUUCCAUUGAUACAGCGAUGCGUUUCAGUCUGUUUAUCAUAUCAUAUUGUAUAUGCAUCAGUUUACCUGGCAAAUAGUUUUACCUAUACAAUAAGUGUGUUGAACCCGUUGCUCCCACUAUUUAGCAAGGCUGAAGGAUCUGAGGCAAUAAGUGUGGGAAUCCUCUCUUAAACAAGGUUACAGGAAAACCAGAAAAUUCGGAUUUGUUUUAAUAUCCUUUAAAUAGGCUCUCUGUUCUCUGUGAAGGACGGGUGUCAAAAAGACAUGAAUCUACCCCUUCAAUUCAACUGCACACAGACUGCUGUACUGUUCUACAUUAAGAGGAUUCAUUUGGAUCAAAGCAGGCUCUCUCUGUGAAAGAUUGCAUCAAACCUCAGACUAAAAUGAACACAAAUGACCUUUUUCAUCUGUGCAGAGUAUUUAUAACCCAUCGCUGUGUCAAUAACAGGUGUAUUUGUAUCUGGUGAAGACUGAUGUGAAGCAAACAGGUACGGUUUGUGCGCUACUGGCAUCCUGUGAUAUGACAAUCGUGUGUAGAAUAUGCAAGCCUUAAACAGCCAUUCUUUGUUCCCAGGAGCAAUGAUAUUAAAUACUGAAAUGUAAA